UGCUGCGCGAAGCGAGCGGUUGUUGACAGGCGGUGGAGGCGGCCGGAGGGGAGUUGCGGUGUUUUCUAUCAUGCCUGACUGGGCGAGCUGCCCUGGGCCGAGGCCUCUGGGCUGGGGAUGAAAGAAGCUGAUCAGAUGCAGAGUCUGGAGGGCUCGGGGGCCGGGCGGUCAGUCGGCACGCAGACUGGCAGCAUGACGGGUCAAAUACCAAGGCUUUCUAAAGUCAACCUUUUCACUCUGCUCAGUCUCUGGAUGGAGCUCUUCCCAGGAGUAGAAACCCAAGGGCAGAAGUCUCAGAAAAACGAAGAGGAAAACCGUGGCCCCUUAGGAGAUAAUGAAGAGUUGGCCAGAGUGUCUUCUGACAAAAAACAGGUGAAGAAGACCGGUCUUGUGGUGGUGGAAAACAUGAAGAUCAUUGGUCUUCACUGCUCCAGUGAAGACCUACACACUGGGCAGAUUGCUCUCAUUAAACACGGGUCCAGGCUGAAAAACUGUGAUCUUUAUUUUUCAAGAAAGCCAUGUUCUGCUUGUUUGAAAAUGAUUGUGAAUGCUGGAGUUAACCGAAUUUCUUACUGGCCUUCUGACCCAGAAAUAAGUUUGCUCACCGAAGCUUCUAGUUCUGAAGAUGCAAAGCUAGAUGCCAAAGCAGCAGAAAGAUUGAAGUCAAACAGCCGGGCCCAUGUGUGUGUCCUGCUCCAGCCACUGGUGUGCUACAUGGUGCAGUUUGUAGAGGAAACCUCUUACAAAUGUGACUUUAUUCAAAAAACUGCCAGAGCACUGUCGGGUGCUGACACUGAUUUUUAUUCUGAAUGUAAACAAGAAAGAAUAAAAGAAUAUGAAAUGUUAUUUUUGGUUUCAAAUGAAGAAAUGCAUAAGCAGAUACUAAUGACUAUAGGUCUGGAGAACUUGUGUGAAAACCCCUAUUUUAGCAAUCUAAGGCAAAACAUGAAAGACCUGAUCCUGCUUCUGGCCACAGUAGCUUCCAGUGUGCCCAACUUGAAACACUUCGGAUUCUACUGUAGCAACCCAGAACAGAUCAAUGAAAUUCACAAUCAAAGUUUGCCACAGGAAGUUGCACGGCACUGCAUGGUGCAGGCCAGGUUAUUGGCAUAUCGAACUGAGGAUCAUAAAACAGGAGUUGGAGCUGUCAUUUGGGCAGAAGGGAAAUCUGGAUCAAACUCGGCUCACCAGGUUGGGGGCACACACCUUUACCAGAGAAGCUGUGACGGAACUGGAGCUAUGUACUUCGUAGGAUGUGGUUACAAUGCCUUUCCCGUGGGCUCUGAGUACGCUGACUUCCCCCACAUGGACGACAAGCACAAGGACAGAGAGAUACGCAAGUUCAGAUACAUCAUACAUGCCGAGCAGAAUGCUUUGACGUUUAGGUGUCAAGAUAUAAAGCCAGAAGAACGCAGUAUGAUUUUUGUGACAAAAUGCCCUUGUGAUGAAUGUGUGCCUUUAAUUAAAGGUGCAGGCAUAAAGCAGAUCUAUGCUGGGGAUGUAGAUGUUGGAAAAAAGAAAGCAGACAUCUCCUAUAUGAAGUUUGGGGAGCUUGAGGGCGUUCGCAAAUUUACAUGGCAGUUGAACCCAUCUGAAGCUUACAGUCUUGAUCCAAAUGAGCCUGAAAGGAGAGAAAACGGUGUAUUGAGGCGCAGGUCCACAAAGGAAGAACAGCGCAGCAGCAAGAGGCCACGUCUGGAAACCCGCUCUGCAGGCCGGGCUACACUGCAGUAACCUGUGUGCUUUCUUACCGCACCUCUCAAAUUCAGCCUGUGGGUUUGUGAAUGACUGAAAAGCUUUUACGGGGCUGAAUUCUAGUUAGCCUAUGAGCGAUCUUACCAAGGACCUUUUUAUUUUUAGAUGUGUUUCUUAGCACGUAGUGUGUUCUUUCAUUACAUUAAAUGGUGUAGCAAUAGUUUGAGACCAAUAUCAGACCAACGGGACCUAUUGCUGUUUAUCCAGACUCUGUGCAGCCAGUUUCAAAAGGGCUCAUUCACAGGAGGGGAUCUUCUUUUGACAAAUAGUAAUUCCUUUGGAUUACAAGGAUACUAAUCAGUAAACUGCUCCAGGGAAUAAAAUGACAUGGUCAUCUUUUAAGACUCCAUGUAUAGCUAACCAAAAGGCUGCAUUAUACUAAGUCCUGCUAGCCAGAGCUUGCUGAAAUCAGAUCGGCUCGAAGUUGCUGUGCCCAUUCUUCAUUUGAAGUGUGUUUUAUGAGUGGCCUGGACAUUUAGAUCAGCGGAGCAGUGCUGUGGGAGCAUGUGCCAGGUCCUGAGCUUCCUCCUGAGCACCACAAACAAAUAAAAUGUCAACCUCA